AACUGUGUUUUUCUAUCAGGACCAGACCAGACCCUCCUGAUCCUGAUCCUGAACCUGAACCUGAACCUGAACCUGAACCUGAAUCUGAUAAUAAACCCAGCUGUUUGUCCUUCAAGAGCGACCGGUCAAAAGUGUUUUUUUGGGAUUUUAAACGUGUUUCUGACAAAAGACUAUCUGCUGAUGGAAGGAUCCAGCAGCAGAGACCAGAGUCUCCUGAACCUGAACCCAGCUGUUUGUCCUUCAAAAGCGACCAGUCAAUGGAUGAUUUUAUGUACUUUAAACAAAGACAUCCAUCUCACAGAAAGAUCCAUCAGAGACCAGACUCUCCAGAACCAGAACCCAGCUGUGUGUCCUUCAAGAGUGACCGGUCUAAGGAUGAGCCGCUGUGGUUUAAAAAUCAAGCUUCUCCAACAGCAGAGACCAUCCUGAUGCUGGACUCUGAUGAAUCUGAACCGGGACCCAGCUGUGUGUCCAUGAAGAGUGACCGGUCAAAUCCUCGCCUUAUUCAUUUUAAAGGAGAGCAAGCCUCUGCUGCAAAGAAAGUGGACCAGGAGAGCUCAGAGGUUCCCAGUGGUCAGUCUGCCCAGCAGCAUCAAACACACUUGGACUCCAUCUUUAUGCUGCUGGAGGAGAACAUCGUCACUUUUGUGAAGAACGAGCUGAAGAAGAUCCAGAAGCUUCUGAGUCCAGAUUACCCAGAAUGCUCAGAGAGUAAGAGGGAGGAUAAGGAUGAAGAGCAGAGGAGGAGCAGAGAGGCAUUUCUGAAGAUCACACUGCACUUCCUGAGGAGAAUGAAGCAGGACGAACUGGCUGACCGUCUGCAGCGCAGAAGUUCAUCGGGAGUUUGUCGACGUAAACUCAAAUCUAACCUAAACAAGAAGUUCCAGUGUGUGUUUGAGGGGAUUGCUAAAGCAGGAAACCAAACCCUUCUGAAUCAGAUGUUCACAGAGAUCUACAUCACAAAGGGAGGGACUGCAGAGGUCAAUGAUGAACAUGAGGUCAGACAGAUUGAAACAGCAUCCAGGAAACCAGGCAGACCAGAAACAACAAUCAGACAAGAAGACAUCUUUAAAACCCCACCUGGAAGAGAUGAACCAAUCAGAACAGUGAUGACUAAGGGAGUGGCUGGCAUCGGGAAAACAGUCUUAACACAGAAGUUCACUCUGGACUGGGCUGAAGACAAAGCCAACCAAGACAUCCAGUUCACAUUUCCAUUCACAUUCAGAGAGCUGAAUGUGCUGAGAGAGAGAAAGUACAGCUUGGUGGAACUUGUUGAUUACUUCUUUAGUGAAACCAAAGAAGCAGGAAUCUGCAGGUUUGAAGAGUUCCCGGUCGUGUUCAUCUUUGACGGUCUGGAUGAGUGUCGACUUCCUCUGGACUUCCUCAACACUGAGAUCCUGACUGAUGUUACAAAGUCCACCUCAGUGGGUGUGCUGCUGACAAACCUCAUCAGGGGGAAUCUGCUUCCCUCUGCUCGCCUCUGGAUAACCACACGACCUGCAGCAGCCAAUCAGAUCCCUCCUGAGUGUGUUGACAUGGUAACAGAGGUCAGAGGUUUCACUGACCCUCAGAAGGAGGAGUACUUCAGGAAGAGAUUCAGAGAUGAGGAGCAGGCCAGCAGAAUCAUCUCUCACAUCCAGAAAUCACGAAGCCUCCAAAUCAUGUGCCACAUCCCAGUCUUCUGCUGGAUCACUGCUACAGUUCUGGAGGACAUGUUGAAGACCAGUGAGGGAGGAGAGCUGCCCACGACCCUGACUGAGAUGUACAUCCACUUCCUGGUGGUUCAGUCCAAAGUGAAGAACAUCAAGUAUGAUGGAGGAGCUGAGACGGAUCCAUACUGGAGUCCAGAGAGCAGGAAGAUGAUCGAGUCUCUGGGAAAACUGGCUUUUGAGCAGCUGCAGAAAGGGAACCUGAUCUUCUAUGAAUCAGACCUGACAGAGUGUGUCAUCGAUAUCACAGCAGCCUCAGUGUACUCAGGAGUGUUCACACAGAUCUUUAAAGAGGAGAGAGGACUGUACCAGGACAAAGUGUUCUGCUUCAUCCAUCUGAGUGUUCAGGAGUUUCUGGCUGCUCUUCAUGUCCAUCUGACAUUCACCAACUCUGGUGUCAAUCUGCUGUCAGGAGAACAAACAACAUCAACACAGUUCUACCAGAGUGCUGUGGACAAGGCCUUAGAGAGUCCAAAUGGACACAUGGACUUGUUCCUGCGCUUCCUCCUCGGUCUUUCUCUGGAGGCCAAUCAGAAUCUUCUACGAGGCCUGCUGACUGAGACAGGAAGUAGCUCAGUGACCAAUCAGGAAACAGUGGAGUACAUCAAGGAGAAGAUCAGUGAGGUUCUGUCUGCAGAGAGAAGCAUCAAUCUGUUCCACUAUCUGAAUGAACUGAAUGAUCAUUCUCUAGUGGAGCAGAUCCAAUGCUACGUGAGUUCAGGAAGUCUCUCCACACGUAAACUGUCUCCUGCUCAGUGGUCAGCUCUGGUCUUCAUCUUACUGUCAUCAGAAGAAGAUCUGGACGUGUUUGACCUGAAGAAAUACCGUGCUACAGAGGAGGCUCUGCUGUGGCUGCUGCCAGUGUUCAAAGCCUCCAGCAAAGCUCUACUGAGUGGCUGUAAUCUGUCAGAGAGAAGCUGUGACGCUCUGUCCUCAGUUCUCAGCUCCCAGUCCUCUAGUCUGAGAGAGCUGGACCUGAGUAACAACAACCUGCAGGAUUGGGAAAGCGGAGGGAAGCUGAUCUCUGUUGGA